GGGCAAUCCACCACGAGACCUCCGUUGUUUGACGGAACGAACUACACCUAUUGGAAAGAGCAGAUGAGGAUUUACAUCCAAUCCACCAACUUUCUCCUAUGGAGGAUUAUCAAAAACGGUGAAGAUGUGCCCAUGAAGAAGGUCGGGGAAACCAACGUCCCUAAGACCGAGGAUGUGUAUGAUGCGCAAGACAUCAAGAAAGUGGAGAACAAUGCAAAGGCCAUCAACAUCAUCUAUUUUGCCGUAAACCCGGAUGACUACUGGAAGAUUUCUUGUUGUUCCACCACCAAGGAAAUGUGGGACAAACUAGAAAUCACCUAUGAAGGUACGGAUCAAGUCCGAGAAGCUAAAAUCGAUUUUCUAACCCAUGAAUAUGAAUUGUUUCGUAUGAAGGAGAAUGAGAAAAUCAUUGAGAUGUUUGAGCGAUUCUCAAAAAUCGUCAAUGAUCUCCAUGCUCUCAAGAAGACGUACACGGACAAGGAGGUUGUGAGAAAAAUCCUGGGGAGUCUCACACCGGAAUGGUGCUCCAAAGCGGAUGCCAUCCAAGAGUCCAUCGGCGUCACCAACGUCACCAUCGACGGGCUUAGAGGUAACCUCAAAACCUAUGAGUCUACCAUCCUUUUCCCCUCUUUAGGUGAACAAAAGAAGAAGGGGAUUGCACUCAAGGUUUCCUCGAGCCAAGAACCCGCCAUGGAGGAAUCAAGCGAAGAAGACAACGAGUUCGGGCUCGUUAUCAAGAAAUUCCACAAGUUCAUGCGUAAGGAGUAUGAACAAAAGGGCAAGAAGCAUGGAGGACCACCCAAGUGCUAUGGGUGUGGAGAAGUUGGGCAUAUCAAGACAAAAUGCCCAAAUGCCAAGAACGAGAAGGAAAAGAAACCAUUCAAGAAGCACCGAGCUUACAUCUCAUGGGGAGGUGAUUCCGGUGACGAGUCAUUGGAAGGUGAAGAAAACGAAAGCACCAACCUUUGCCUCAUGGCACACGAGGAACCACCGGAAGAGGUAUGUACCACUUCUAAAGAUUCCUAUACUUUUGAUGAUGUACAAGAAGCCUUUAAUGAACUUUAUGAUGAAUAUGUCAACGCUUCUAAAAUUAACAAGGAUUUGAAGAAACAACUUACUUACAUGGAUAAGGAAGUUGAGAAACUAUCAAAAGAUAAUGAAAAACUUAAAGAAGAAAACAAGUCUUUCGGAAAAAGAAGCGCCGAGAAACCGGAAAGUUCUAAAUGUAGUUCUUGUACAUCACUUAAGCAACAAGUUGCAAAACUUGAAGGAACCUUGAAGAAGUUUGGUGUUUCUCAUAAAAACCUUAAUGAUGUUCUUGACAAUUUGCAACUUACUAAACAUGGCUUAGGUAAGGCUUAUAGAGUCUACAACAAACGCACCUUAACCAUUGAGGAAUCUCCUCAUGUUGUCUUUGCCAAAAAUGAUGCUCGCUUGGCGAGAAAGGUUUCUUGUGAUGAUCUUGUAGAUUCGUUGGAGAACAUCUAUCUCAACAACAAUGACGAAGGAAAGAACUCAAAGGAAAGCCAAGACAAAGAAGUAGAGCCACCCAUGAACGAGGAACAACCACAAGAGAAGGAAACGCAAAUACCAAGGGCAUGGAGGACUUCAAAGGACCAUCCUCUUGACAAGGUAAUCGCCAAAAUUCCUGCAAUUCUCUCUCUCUAUUUUGAUUUCAUAGCAGGAGGUCAAAGAAAGAGAUCGCACACCGGCAAGAACGUGGCUUCCGCCUCGACUCCUCCACCACUGACGCACAAAUACCUCGACGGGUCGUUGCUUUGGUUCAACGACCGCGGUGAGGCGACGCGGUUCUCGGAGAAGUUUGAGCAUCGGGAGAUUCUUCCUCCCCGGUUCUCCACCGGCCGCUUCAUUCACGGAUCUAUUCCACGCGAGGCACGGGUUAUCCUCGAACGUGGACACUUCGUCGACCUCCUCUACAACAAGAAGAACAACUAUCAACCUUUUCUCGUUCGAGCCUUCUACUCAAACUUGAAAAAGGAAGAGGACGGAUCGUUGAUUUCAAAGGUCAACGGGGUGGAGAUCUAUUUGAAUGAGGAAAACAUUCAAAUUCUCACAGGGCUUUGUCGGAAUGGACAAGAUCUCGGCCUCUAUGUCGGAGAAGAAGGAGCGCGGUUCAAUGAGAUUGCACUCUUGGAGCAAGUGGGAAUCUGCAAUUUCGUCCCCACUGUAACACCCGCCUUCCGUGGACCCAGUUCACCCGCGACCCGACGGACCGGCAGGGUUACAAGGAUUGUCCGAGAACCCUCCGUUACAAAAACAUUAAUGAUUACCUAAUAAGAAAACGGUUGUGUUUUA